GAGACCGAUGAGCUGGGUGGAAACUUUCAGUGAAAUGAAACCAACUGUCUGCAAACUGAAAACCAACAAUCUAGAAACCUUUUUUUUACCUUUAAACAACAAAAUGUUUAGCUAUCCAAUUGCACGCAAGAUGUAUGCGAGGACAGCUGAUACUCAAAGGGCAAAAGCAAUGGCAGAAUCUCCAAAACCACAAGAGAAAAGGAGGAAUUUAUCUUCCCUGGCGUCCUCUGCUGGUCCUCUGAAUGAGGAGCUCCAUUGUAACAUCUGUCUGGAUGUGUUCAUAGAUCCAGUCUCCACUCCAUGUGGACACAACUUCUGCAAGAUGUGUCUGAAAAAAUGCUGGGACAGCAGGCACGACUACAGCUGCCCAAUUUGUAAAGAAUCAUUCAACCAAAAACCUAAUCUCAAGGUCAAUACAACACUCAGAGACAUUGUAGAUCACUACAAAAAGAAAAAUAAUCUGAAAAUACCUCCAGUGUUGUGUGAUAUCUGUACAGAUACUAAAUGGAAAGCCCUGAAGUCGUGCCCUGCGUGUCAGAGCUCUUUCUGUAAGGCUCACCUGGAGCGUCAUUUGAGGGUUCCAGGUUUAAAACAACACAGACUGAUAAAUCCUGUAAAAAAUCUCCAGGAUCAUUUGUGUCAGAAACAUGACAGACCUCUGGAGCUGUUCUGUAGAGAUGAUCAGACAUGUGUGUGCGUGAUCUGCACUGUGACCAAACACAAGAACCACAACAAUGUUCCUGUAGAGCAGGAGACUGAAGAGAAAAAGAGUGAGCUGAUAAAGACUCAGACAGAUGUGCAGCAAAUGAUCCAGGACAGAAUGAAGAAGAUUGAACAAAUCCAACACUCAGUAAAGCUCAGAAAAAAAAACACUGAAAAAGAAAGAACAGACAGCAUUGAGCUGUUUACUAGUCUGAUCCGCUCCAUUGAGAGAUGUCAGUCUGAGCUGCUGGAGUUGAUGGAGCAGAAGCAGACAGCAGCAGAAACACAGGCUGAAGAGCUGAUUAAAGAGCUGGAGCAGGAAAUCACUGAACUGGAGAGAAGAAACACUGAGCUGGAGCAGCUCUCACACACUGAAGAUCACCUGCACCUCCUACAGAUUUAUCCAUCCCUGUGCAGCCCUAUGGAAACCGAGAUCUGGGCUGGGAUCAGUAUUAAUACUUGUGUGAGUGUGGAGACUCUGAGAAGAACUUUGACUCAGCUGCAGAAGACUCUAGAUGAGAAACUCAGUCAAACAGUGUUGAAGAGAAUACAGCAGUAUGCAGUGGAUGUGACUCUGGAUCCUGACACAGCCCACCCUGACCUGAUCCUGUCUGAAGAUGGAAAAAAAGUGCGACAUGGAAACAUAAAGCAAUACUGCCCAGACUAUGACAAGAGGUUUAAUAAAUAUAUGAUUGUCCUAGGAAACAAGGGCUUUUCAUCUGGGAGGUUUUAUUUUGAGGUGCAGGUUAAGGGAAAGACUCAGUGGAGUUUAGGUGUGGCAAGAGAAUCCAUUAACAGGAAGGGGGUGCUCAACCUGUGUCCUGAAAGUGGUAACUGGACUUUGUGGCAAAGUAACGCAAAAGAGUAUAAAGCUUGUGAGUCUUCCCCUGUCUCUCUCUCCCUGAACGUGAAGCUUCAGAAGGUGGGUGUGUUUGUGGAUUAUGAGGAAGGCUUGGUCUCCUUUUAUGAUGUGGAGUCCAGGUCUCAUAUCUACUCUUUCACUGGUCAGUUUUUUACUGACAAACUCUAUCCAUUUUUAAGCCCUUGGACUAAUGAUGCAGGUAAAAAUUCAGCACCACUGAUCAUCUCACCUGUUAAUUACAGUGAAUGACAUAUAACUAAAUAUGAAGUACCAGAUGAAAAUGAUUUUUAUAAUCAUGAAUCUGAAAUAUAUAUGUACUUUUAUUCAAAUAAUUAAAGUGUGUACAUUCUUAAUAACAGAGUGUACAGAUCUACAUAAUACAGUAAAUGUAAAUGUUCAACAUUUUUGAAAUUAUUUUAUGCAUGUUUCAUUAAAUAUUUGCUCAAGCAUUUUCUUUCUUUGCUCUUCUCUGUCUGUCAAAGUGAAAUGAUGUGACACUGACCUGUAAACAGUCAUUCCUGUGCUGCACAAUUCUUAUCUUAUCACAUGGGACAAUAAAAAAAUAAAAAAAUAAAAA